AUGUCGGCUACACAACAACAGCAACGAAAAACUUAUAAGAACCAAUCCAAGAGGUUUAAUAAUGGGACCAGCAGUGCGAGCAAUGGUUCUGGCUCUGGCUCUGGCUCUGGCUCAACAGUGGAACUUUCUAGUUUAAGUGAAAUGUUCCCAGAUUGGGAAAAGGAUGAAUUGACAUCAUUAUUACAAGAGCACAGAAAUGACUUAGAAGUAGUAAUUGAUUUGAUUGUGAACAACAAGGUAUCGAAAUGGGAACCUAUUAAGAAGGAACCUAAGCACAAGAAGAAGGAACACAAGGAAGAAGAAGUAUCCGCCACUUCAUCUUCUUCCAUAGAUUCAGCCCCACAAUCCACACACGCACAAUCUUCCGAGUCACAACAUGUUGGUAAGCCAAAGCAUUAUAGAGAGUCUAACCAAAGAGGUGGAAAGUUCGGUCUGAGGUCUGAGAGACCUGCUAGAAAGGUCCAACCAGCCGCCGCUCCCACAAAGGUAGAAGAAUCCCAACAGCAACAGCAACAGCAUCAAAGAGCUCCAGCAGCAAGUGCAUCCCCAUCUACAACGCAGCAAAUUCCUGCUCCUAACUCAUGGGCAGCUGCCUUAUCAAAGGAUAAGCCAAAGGAUAGACCUGCUCCUGUAUUGGAACAACCAGAGCCCGAAACUGAAGUGGAACAACCAAAGCAAGAACCAGAUGUAGAACAAACAAAGCCAGAAGAACCAGUAGAACAAGUUAAAGAAGCAGAACAAAAGGCCCCAGCCGCUCCAAUAUUGAAGGACGCCGCUAUCCCUCAACAACCAAAGGCAAGUUCAUGGGCUUCUGCCAUUGCACCAAAGCCAAAGAAGGUUACCAAGAUUUUGACCAAACCAGCAGCUGAAGCAGCUGCUGAAGCACCAAAGGAAUCUGCUCCUGAGCCAGCUACCGAAGCAGUUGAGCAAACUGCAGAGCCUGUUAUCACAGAAACCCCAGUGGAAUCUGUUCCUGCCCCAGUUGCUGCUGAACAAGUAGCUGAGCCUGUUGUGGCUGAAGCUCCAGUUGCUCAAGCUCAAGUUGUUUUACCAACCUCUGCAGACCAAUUGAACACGGUUGGUGUUUCCUUUGGAUCAUUAGCAUUAGGUGAUGAAGAAAAGGAAGUUGAACAAAAGAAGGAAGAAGUUGUCGCAGAACAACCUCAACAGCAGCAGCAACAAUACAAUAACUACAGCAACUCUGUUGACGCUUCUAACCAAGCUCAAGGUAACCGUUACAACCAACAACAUCAACAGCAACAACAGCAAAAUCAAUACUACCAACAGCAACAAGCUCAAUACAACAAACAAUACAACAACAAAUCUCAACAAUCUCAACAGCAAUCUCAGCAACCACAACAGACUCAACAACAACAAUUUGACUCAUACUAUGGACAAUUCCAACAAACUCAACAAUAUCCUCAACAAGCCAACCAAACUGCUCCAGGUUAUGGAGGAUACCCUGGUAUGGACUAUUCUGCUUAUAGUCAACAAGGUGUUGCUGCUGCUUCUCCAGCUGCCAACCAUACCAAUGUUGCUUACUCUCAAUAUGGUCAAGUUCCAGCUCAAACCCCUGCUGCUACUUCUGAACAAGCCACUCAAUCUCCAGUGAAUGCGCAAAUCAAUCCAAACACCUUGCAACAACAGCAAAUCCCAGGUGCUCCAUUUGGAUACCAAAUGCCAUACUACAACUACUACUACAACAGCCCAUACUAUGCUCAAGCUAUGAAUGGAUUAGGAGCACAAAAUGGUUUUAGUGGUGCUACUGGAGCCGGUGUUGCUGCUGGCACUGGUGCUGCCUCCGCUGGUACCCCAACUGCAACCAAUGCUACUACUUCUAAUGCUGCAGCUGGAGCUUCUAACUCUACCUCCGGUGCUACCGGAUUUGGAGGUGUAGGCGGAGCUGCCAGUGGUGUUAAUACUGGUGCUUCCCAGUACUAUGGUCAACCAAACCAAUUUGCAAACAGAUACCCAGGUUAUAACCAAUAUCCAAUGCAAGGUGCACCACACCAACAAGGUGGAGUACAACAAACUCAACAAACUCAACCUGGUCAAGGUCAAGGUCAAACCCAAACUGGAUCUGAAUCGGAAGGUUCUGGCGCCAAUGGUCAACAGCAAGGUGUUCAAUCUCAACAACAAGUUGGUCAACCUCAACAGCCAGGUGUCCCACAAUAUGGUGGUUACCAACAACAAAUGUACCCACAAUACAGUGGAUACCAGGAAUCUAACCAAUAUCGUGGGUGGUAUUAA